ACUUGAAGGGUCGGAACAAAAAGGCGGUAGUUGUAAACAUUCAGAAGAAUGAGUAUAUCUCUUCUUUUCGACGAGGAGGCGUAUGAAAAGAUUUCUGAAGUUAAAAAACCAAUAUUUGUAUUUGACUGGCUGUGUUCACUGGAAAAACGAUUAGUGGCAGAAAAUAGACAGGCUAUCAAGGAAUGCCAAGAAGAUCUUGUGCAACAACUGUUGUCUCACCUGACGCAUGCUCCUGGACGUCCAACACACAAGCUUUUGGGCCGUUGUUUCGCUAACCUAUUUUUAGUGGGAGACUCGCUUUUGCUUUAUACAGCAGUGAACACAUGUAACGCGCUUCUAAAAUCCCGAGAUGAUGGACUUGCUUGCAUCAAUAGUCGUCUAGCUGCAUUAAGCUGCCUCGGAGCCAUAUACAAACGCCUUGGACGUAUGAUAGGUCGGUCUUUUGAAGACAGCGUUAUCAUAAUGGUGAAGUUGAUCAAGCAGUCUGAGUCACUAGUUCGAUGUGAAAUUAUGAACACAUUGUGCAGUUUGGUUGAAGGUGUUGGUUCAGCCAGUAUUGUGUGUCACAAAGAAAUAUAUAAAGCAGUGAAAAUCUGCAUGACGGAUCGAGUACUCUAUGUGCGUGUUGCUGCAGUGAAAUGUCUUUACUUCCUGGUUGACCAUUCUCAUUCAAUUCAUACCAACGCAUUAGAAGCUACUGUAAGUUUGUGUUUGCGAUGUAUGGAUGGAUCCAAUUAUACAACUCGACUUGAGACCGCACGUACUUUGGGUCAUUUGUUAGCAAAAACUCAGCGUAAAAGGGUUGCAGAUACAGGAUCUGAUGCAUCCAGCAGUGGAACAGUUGGGACGUCUAAUAAUUCGCGGAGUAAACCUAUCCCACUUACAGAUGCAUUGUCAUUAUUGUCGUCAGGAUUUUUGAAAGGUCCAGGUGGGUUUUUAAAAGGUACCAGUGCUACUGAUAUGAUUAAAGGAACUAGUCCAGUUAAUCGAGAAGUUCGUGUUGGUGUAACGUAUGCUUACAUCGAAUUUAUUGUUGAAAUGGGGCCGUUAUGGUUUGAAACUAAUCUGUCAACUAUACUGACACAUUUAGUGAAUCUUUUAUUAGUUCCACGUGCUACACCAACGCAUGUCGAGGCUAUAUAUGCACGUCAAUGUAUACAAUAUCUAUUGGGUACUGUAUUUCGACACUUAUUGCCUGAAUCAAUUCAAUUAGUUGCGAUUAGUGAAUUGAUAAAGAUAUUAGUAUAUCAUUUACAAUAUUUACAAAAUCUUCAUGUGAAUGAAUAUUCAAUGAACGACGGUGAUGUGUUUCAACAGAUAUUCUCUUCAUCCUCUUCUUCCGUAACACCUACUCUUAAUAAUAAUGGUAAUACAAACGAACCAUCAGAUUCGUUACCGAAUGAUAUUUUCAAUGAGACUGGUAUCAACGUAACACAUGGGGAUAAUCAGGCAACUAGUAAUGUACGUAAUUUGGAUAGUGUUGUGGAACCGGAUAGUGGAAAAGUGAAACGUGGAAUUGGGCGUCAAGUAGCAACAGCGACAAUAACGACAACAGCUACUACGGGUGGUAGCAGUUCCCGUUCGAAUCGCGAACAACAACAUCAGCACUUAGUUAUUUGUGUGUUAGAUAUAAUUAGUCAAUUAAUUCGUUGGUUAGAUUCACUAGUUGUUCAACUUUUGGAUCAACCCAUUCAACUAACUGAUGUACUAUGCACAUGUUUAUCACAUCCAGUACAGGCGGUUCGUUUGGCAGCUGCAUCGUGUUUAAGGCAGUUAGUAAUUGUUGUACCAAGCCAACGCAUCCCUUUAUUAAAUAAAUGUUUACAUUGUUUGCAACAAUCUCAUAGAUAUAGUGCUGAAACACUUUUAGGCGUUACUUUCGGCAUAACUGGACUUCUAGCUGGAGUUAAUUAUUCUAUUCUUGGUUUGCCGAAUAAUGUACCAGAUCAAUUGUUUAGUUUAGCUGAAGAGCUUCUACGUGCGGCCAAUCAAAAUAGCCGAUUCGCAUUGGCUCGUACUCAAAGUGGUUGGAGUUUAUUAGCUGCUUGUAUAACUCUUGGACCAAAUGUUGUCAAGCCUCAUUUACCUAGAAUGUUGUUAUUUUGGCGUAAUGCAUUUCCACGCAGUUUACGUGAGCUGGAAGCGGAGAAACAGCGCGGUGACGCUUUUACUUGGCAGAUUAUGCUGGAAUCCAGAUCGGGUGCAUUAUGCUCUAUACAAAGCUUUUUAGAAUAUUGUUCACCACAAUUACUUACUGAAGAUAUAAUUCAUCGUCUUUUACCGCUUAUUGAAUGUGCAUUAAAUAUGCUUGGACAAAUGAAUGAUAUUGUUCGAAUUUAUGGAAAUCACUUAAAAAUAAUAGCUGGUUUUAUUCGAUUACGACUUUAUCGAAUUUUACUUUUACUACCAUCUACAGCAUACACUAGUUCUUAUAGUACAAUUUUACGUGAAUUAGUAGCUGAAUUCACGUUAACUGAUAAUGUAGCAAAUGUAACAACCUCUUUAUUGAAGUCUUUAAGUUGUUCUGAAGACAGUAUCACACUUGGAUCAUGCUUACAGGAUACAGAUCAAAGAUUAUUAGAGGAACAAUUACAAUCGACUAUAUUAAACAAUUCACCUAGGGCAUUAGAACAUGAUCCUUCUUACCUAUAUCUACAUGAUGGUGUUAAUAAUUUACUGGCUACUGAUGUUACCUUGACAAAUAUAUCGAAUACUGAAGAUGAGAAUGAUGAAAAUCUAUCAUUGACAGCUGGAACACUGUUUCAUGGCCCAUCACAUACUUUACUAAAUAAUAAUGGUACUUUUACCACUUCUAAAUUCUACAGUAUUAAUUCUACCUCAAAUACUAAUACUAAUAAUUUAUCAUGUGGACAUAAUCUUGGAAAUUUUACUAAUUCCACGCUUUCAUGUGCAUUACAAUUAACUGGACCUAUACCUGUUAGUGUUACUGUAAUAGAUGCAUCAAUUGAAUUGUUUGGUCGUUUAUUUGCUUGUGUUUCUAUUCGUCAUCGUACGCAAAUGUUAGAACAUUUUACUGAAUGUAUUCGUCUUACAAAAUCAAUACGCCAAGAAGCUGUACAAAUUAAUGUUUUCGCUGCUUUAUUAAGUGCAUUAAGACAUUUAGCUGAAACAAAAUCUACAUUCGGUGAUGAUCCAGCGUUAAGAAAAGCUGCUACAAACUUAAUUUUUGCUACUUUGACCAGUCCAAGUGUUCUACUACGUUGUGUGGCUGGUGAAUGUCUUGGAAGGCUUGCACAAGUUGUUGGCGAAUCUGGAUUUUUAGCAGAAUUAGCUCAACAAAUUUUUGAACGUUUGCGUGCUAUUCGCAAUCCGAUUGCAAGAGCUGGUCAUUGUUUAGCUAUUGGUUGUUUACACAGUUAUGUCGGUGGUUUGGCGUCUGGACAACAUCUAAGUUCAAGUGUCGGUGUACUAUUAGCUAUUGCACAAGAUUCCAGUGUGCCCGAAGUACAAGUUUGGGCAUUACAUGCUCUUGCACUAGUUGCGGAAUCAGGUGGCCCAAUAUUUAGAGAAUAUAUUGAACCAAGUUUAAACUUAGUACUUCAGCUAUUAUUGAAAUCACCAAGCGCUAUGCAUGAAAUUCAAAGAAGUCUUGGUCGUUUAUUUGCUGCGUUAAUUACUACUUUGGGACCUGAAUUACGUGGUACAAGCGCUGGUAUAACGUCUGUUCGACAUUCAUGUUUAUUAUGUUGUAUGAUUAUGCGUGAUUCACCGGAUGCUCUACUACAAGCUGAAGGUAUAGCCUGUCUACAACAAUUGCAUAUGUUUGCUCCAAUGCAUGUUAAGUUAGCUGGUCUGGUUCCUGAAUUACAAACCAGUGUGUCCAGUUUCCAUUUGGUCUUGAGACGUGCAGCAUUAUCAUGUUUACGACAAUUAAGUCAAAAAGAGGCUAAGGAUUUGUAUGGUUGUAUGACACUAGGAGGUUUGUUAGAAGAGAAACCUUCUCCUGUUCUCUCUUCAUUUUCUGCUAUCUCCAAUAAAAAUGAUAUGAAUAGUUUUUCGAAAUCAACAACUAGUGAGAAAUUAGAAAAAAAGUUAUUUAGUUUACUUGAUGUUGAAAUGGACUAUCAACUACGCCGAGACAUUGAAGAUACACUUAUUGGAAUGUUGGAAGCAACUGGUACCUCACAACUUUCGUAUUGGUUUACAUUAUUGAAAGAAGUAUUAUUGGUUUCCACCUCACUGAAAACUGAUUUGACCAGUGACAGUAAUAUUGUUAUCAGAAAUUCUAUACAAAAAUCAUCCAGUACGAACGAAUCAAACUCUAUUGGGGGAGAUAAACUAUCUUCCAUUAAUAACGAUGAUGUAGAUAUAAUGACUGUGUCUGAACGAAAUAGUCGUGUAGACGAAGAAAACAUUAGUGGUUCUAUUCAACCAGAAGAUAAUGAAUAUGAGGAUGUUGACAUUAAUUUUAAACCAAAACAAUCUAAUCAAGAAAUUAAUCAGUUAUUCACUGUCAAAAUUAGGGCCAGAUGCUCAACACGAAUUUUUGCAAUCAGUUGUUUGCGUAUCCUGAUAUCUAACUGUGCCAGAUUGUGCAAUACAACAUUUGUAAAUGAUUCUCUUCCGUAUAUGAAAACAUCUGUAAAUGAUGGUGAUACUACUGAUGAUUCGUUAAUAAAUUCCAAGUCACUCGCUCAUUUUGAUUUGGCUAAAGCUAGAAUCCUACGUUCUCAAUCGGGAAAAUCCGAUUGGCUUAUUCUGUACCUGUCUGAUUUAAUUCGUGUAGCUUUCAUGUCAGCCACAUCGGAUAGUGAACGACUUCGUAUCACAGGUUUAAAACUUAUGCAAGAUGUUAUUCAAAGAUUUUCCCUAGUACCAGAUCCAGACUAUCCAGAUCAUGUUAUUUUGGAACAGUAUCAAGCUCAAGUUUCAGCUGCACUACGACCAGCGUUUAUGAAUAGUUCAUUGUUAAAUUCAUUCGACAGUAUAACAGUUGCACAAUCUUCAACUACCAAUAAUUCCGUAUUAUCUGGUCCAGUUCAACCUAAUCCAGAACUGCUAUCUAUAGCAUGUCAAGUGUGCAGUACAUGGCUUACUUCUGGCGUUGGUCGUGAUCCAGAAGAUUUACGUCGUGUACAAGACCUUCUAAGACAAGCAUUUGAUAAAUUAAAACUUAACAUAUGCACUGAAGAUCACUCAUCCAAUGUGUCUGCACAAAGUCAACGAGUAGAACCAUCCCAAUCGAUAUCGGAAAAUUCUGCAAUAGUUGAGAAACUAUCUGUUUUAGCUGCUUGGGCUAAAGUUUACAUUUUGACAGCUGGGCAUAGUAAGAAAUGGGAAAAUAAAUUACACCAAAAACAACAACACCUGAUCACUAGUCAAUCGUCUCAGGUCUUAGAUGAUGAACAAUUGAUGGAUGAUGAAUCAGAUGAUAUGAUGAAUGAUGAAAGUGAAAAUGACAAUGAUUCCGACUACAAUAUAAUCAUUAAAGGAAUAUCAAUAGAAGAUAUCACAUUAUUCGUUUGUAAACCUGCUCCUUACCUUCAGUCGAGUAGUUGUUCUGCCGCGUCAAGUAAAUUUAUCUACCAUUUAUUAUCGAAAUGGAUUCAACCGAUUCUCCCAAAUUUAAGUAAUGCUUGGUUAGAUGCACUAAAAAAUUAUGCAUAUAUGUGUCUACCAGAUAAUUUGUCAACUCAACACUCAUCUAUCUUACUAUUCAAUGUCAAUAAUAGUUCUAUUAAUCAUAAUCUUGAUCUAAUACGUGGAUAUUAUGCACGUUAUUGGCCUUGUAUGACAUAUGCAUUAGCUUUAUGGUUAACUAAUAAUGAAUUAUGUGUCGAAGAGAUUGAUACAAAUUUAUCAAAGAAUGAAAUGUCGAAAUCAGCUCGACAAUUCUUUUUAAUUCUAGGUAUGUGUGCAGAAGCUAUGUGUAAUCCAACGUCCAAACAACCAAUAUCCAUUAUUCAUACAUGUUUGCGUUGUAUUCUAUGCCUAUUGAGUAAGCCGAAAUUUCGUGCUUAUCUGAUGCAAUCAUCAACAGAAAUAUCUAUUGAACUAUUACAAAUAUUACAUCGACUUAUACUUACUCGUGAUUGUGUAGAAACACAUUUAUUAUGCUUAGCCAAUGUGAUUCAUAUCAUGAUUGCUAGUAAUGAACGUUUAAUUAAAGAACGUGAUAAUUGGUUAACUAAAGAAUCAACGCAGAAUGCAUCUAGUAUGUUUAUUUCACCAGAAUCACAAAAUUCGAAAAAUAAUUGUAUGACAUCAAGUACAAUGUUACAAACUACUGGUCUAAUUGACACUCAAUUAUAUGAACAUGGUGAUGGAGGCUAUUUGUCAAAAUUUUUUGAUCGUAUCACUAAUAAUUCUAAUAUGGACUAUGAUGAAUUUAAUAAAACAUCGAUUAACUGUCAAAUGAAUAAUGGUAUAUAUGGAGAGAAAACAUUUGCUGGUUUACAUCCUGAAAGAUCAAUUGUAUUUACAUGCUUAGAAAUUGUUGUCUGUAUAGUGGCACGCUAUCAAUCACAAAUUGUCAAACAAUUUCCUCUUUCCAAUACUAAAGAUGAUGUUGAAUGUAAAAAUCAUAUUAUUCCAGAGACAACAUGCGCCUCCGAUGUAAAUGCUCCACUUGUUCUAGCAACAGCUUUGAAAUGUUUAAUCCCAUUAAUUGAUCUAUGCGCUCCAAGAACUCUUUUAAGCACAUUAAGACUUGCUAAACAAAAUCAAAAUUUUCAAUCAAAUGAUUGUGUGAAUAGUAAUAUUAAUGUUGAAAGUGAGAUUAAUCAUCCAAAUACAUCUCAAGCAUCAAUACAUCAACAAGAAUGCUUAUUGCCAAUUCUGUUAGAUUUAUCUAAAGAAAUAGCAAAGAGUAUAUUAAUAAAACCAAUUCAAUGUUCGAAUGUGAAAAAUAAUUUUGCCAAUAAUCCAUUACAAACAAAUAAAUCAAACGAGAUCUACGGUGUUAAUAAUAAAAACAGCAAUUAUACUAAUAAUAAUAGUAAUAAUAAUAAUCUAUCCAUAUUGAAACCAUAUGAUCUAACAUGUCAAUCAUCGAAUUUAUUCACUUCAUAUUUAAUUGGUGAAGAUGAAACAGAAAUCUCAUCAACAACAACUAAUUUAUCUGUAUGCGCUGUUAAUGAACUAUCAACAUCAGUGAAAUCAUGUCAACAAUAUCGUUUUAUUAAUCAAUUCAUUGGUUGGACUGAACAAUCAGCUGAAUUAGCUGAAGUUUAUAUUUCAUUAUUGAAUAAAUUGGCUGUGCAUCAUUAUCCUGCUUUAUCAGCCAAUUCACCUAAUCAAGAUUUAAAUGUGAAUAAAUAUUCGGUGCAUUUAUCACAAACAGCUGAAAUUCAACCGGAUAGUAGUAGUAUUUCUAGUGUAAAAGAACAAUGUAAUAAUUCAAUUAAUUCUAAUGUCAGUCAAUCUUCAACGAUGGAUAUUAUAAAUGAGAAUACAGUGUUAAAUGCGUUCACUGAAUGGUAUCAUUUAAUUUCAGUUAGUCUAUUAUCAAUCCUACGUCAUGAACAUGAUAAUGAAACAGGAGUUGAUAAUUCUUCACUACCUAAAUGUUGUCUAGCAUCAGCUUAUCUAGUCAGCCGUAUAUGUGCCAAGUGUCCUAUUCAAAUUUUUAAAUCAACAAAUUUAGUCAAUGAGCUUUCAGAACUGCUUUGUCGUGGAUGGCAUUUAUCUCCAAUUUCUGACAAUCAAUCAAAUGGUGUAAUGAAUAAAGAUGCUAAUUCAUUGGAAAAUCCAUUAAUGGAUAUUUCUAAAUUAUUUGAAUCGAAGCUUUUGCAAAAUCGAAUAAUAUGCUUAAGAUCAUUUGGAUUGUUAUGCAAUCAUCAUGAAUCUUCAAUUAGAUCAUUGUUUAUCAAAACAUUAACUCCUCAAGUAUUUCAUUGGUUAUAUGAUCUAACUAAUAUUGUUGAAAUGUAUUCAUCUAAACAACAACAACAACAAAAGUUAAAUACAUCACCUGAUUUAUUCAAUAUUCAAAUUAAUCUAAAUGAACUUGCUUUAUGUUUAAAUGAAGCAUUUGAUUUACUUACUUCAAUAAUUCGUAUCGUUGAAAGUUCAAAUCGUCAAGCUUUAUUAUUAAUUUAUUUACCAUUAUUAUGUAAUCUACUUACAAAUGAAUCAUCUGUUAUAUUAAACCGGUUAAAUUAUAAAAAUAAUAUUAUUUCUAUUACAAAUUCAUUAGAUUUAAUUUAUUUCAUACAUAUUAUUACAUUAAAACAUAUUAUAACAAUAGCUCCAUGUUUUCCAAAUGAAUUUCGUUCAACGUUUCAACUUCUUAAUGAUUUUAAAUUACGUUUAGAAAAUGCAAUGAAAUUCUCUACUCCAUUAAUUACUACUACUACUACUACUAAUAAUAAUAAUAAUAAUAAUACCAAUCAUGAUUAUAAUCAUUCGAAAUAUCAAUUAACCAAUAAUAUCCCAUUCAUUCAUAACAAUCAAACAAUUCUGAAACAUAAUCCUCAAUCGAAUUUAUCAUCAAUUAAAUUGAAAACAGAUUUCAGUAAUUAUACAUAAAUCAAUAAUGAUAAUUAUCAUCACGUUUAUAAUAUAAUAUAAUUAUUCAACUUCGUUAUAAACUUAAUUAUAAGUCAAUAUCUAUCAUUUGUAUGUAUUUAUAUGAUCUCAAAUGAUGAUCAUUUCAUUUUGUUUUUGUCUUAUUUGUUUAAUUUAUGUUCUUCUAGCUUUGUUGCUUGUUCUGUCAUAGAAAUAGUUGUUAAGUUCUUUGAUAUAAUUAUCACUUAUAAUAGUGAUUCUUAUGAUUGAUAUUAAUUGAUAUGCAUUUUAUCCGGUUAAAUUAUAUUGCCUUCUCUUCCACCUUUUUUUAAAAUAUUUUUGCUUUCUUUCUUUCUUCUAACUUUUGUUCUCUAUCUUCAAUGAAUUUGUCUACAAUCAUUAUUGAAUGUAAGAAGUGGAAACAACAAAUCUAUAUUGAUUGAAUUAGGUUUAUUGUUGUUAAUGUUGACUGGAUCACCUCAUUUAUUAUCUCAGUAUAAUUUUAAUUUGUGAGUAUUAUUAUUACUAUUUGGUCAAUAACGUGACGGAAAAGAAAUAUAUCUUUCUGAAAUAUUUCUAAUUUAAUGAAUUAUUUCACGUUGGAUGAUGCCCACAAUUAUAUGUGGUCUUCCCUAUAGUAUAAUACACAUAAAAUUUGUGUAUACUAUGUGUUUUCAUUGUCUUUCGCUAAAAGCAGAAAAAACUACAUCACAUCAUCAUGUGAACUUUAUGUAUUUCAAAAUUCUUUGUGUAAACAUUUGACUGGCUGUAUGUAUAAUAACUUUUCUCUUAUUGUGAUAAUUAUUUAGAUUGUUAUUGCUUUUAUUGUCGGUGUUGUUGUUGCUGUUGUUAAGAGAAGUUUGCGUUUUGGCUUUUCGUUUAUUUAUUUGUUUAUUUUUUUUUUUACAUUUAAAUGUACUGAUGAUAUUUAUUCACUGUCGAAUUUGUCUUCUUUCACUGAAUGUUAGAAACUUACGUGAAAACAUUAUAGGUUCUUAUUUCUGUCAUAAUGCAUUAUAUAAUAUGAAAAAAAUAUUUUAUUUUAAUGAUAUUCAUCAUCUUAUUUGCUGUGUAUUGACAAAUCAUAACGAUGAAGUGUUGUGUUGAACAAAUAUGGAUAUUCAUUUAUUCUUAUCUACAAAAUAUUGUUUUAAUUUUCAUCAGGUUAUAGAUUUCAUGUCAAUCAGUGGAAGGUAAUUAGUAGUAGGAAGCAAUGUAUCUAAGAUUUGUUCUUGUUGAUACUCGUCGGCAAAGUGUAUUUGCAAUGUUGAACAAAACGAUGGUUGUCCUGAAAUUUGUAACCACAAAAAGAAAUGAAUACGGAAAUAGAUUAUAA